UACUCUUUCCACGUAAUAGCUUUACGUUAGGUACUAAACGUCGUAACGACACUUGGAAGCGUUCAUUGUUUUAUAGUUAUCUGCAACUAGUUGCAUUUCACUGCUACUUUCAGUUUAAUAGUUCCACCGAUGUUCGUAUUUCAAUGAAUCUCUAAAGUUCUGAUAGUUAUAUAUUCGACUUCUAUACAGGGUCAUUUUGGUAAGUACAUGUCAAUCAGUAUAGUCGAAAAGACUGUGCAUCGAACAAUAUAUCUGAAGAAUUGUUGAAAUUAACGCAUAAAUUUGUUUAAUCAAAGCAAGUAAUUGCUUACAUAUACAAACAUUUCCAGGUCUUUGGACGUAUAGUAUCAGUCAACCGAGCAACAAAAACUGCUUGGAGAAGCAAAUUGUUUAUGUGUUAAUAAUCACACACGUCUACUGUGUGCUCUAAACGUUAGUAUAUUAAAUUAAGCAAGUUCGGAUCUAUUUCUGAUUUUAGGAGAAUACUGUACCCAUCGCUCCCAAAAUAAAAUUGGGUUAAUAGUGUCAAAUAAAGUACAAGUUCAGACAGGAUUCUCACACAGCACCAGCGAGACCGUGUCUGUAAUGGGCUAAUGCCUUAUGAAUAAACUGAUUCCGCCCCACAGAGAUUUAUACGGGAGCCUGAAGAUAAGACUGUGAUUCUAGGAGAAGACGUUCUUCUACCCUGUAGAAUCGAAAAUAAGGUUGGAAUGUUGCAGUGGACACGAGAAGGCUUUGGACUUGGAUCGGAUCGAGAGCUGAUUGGAUUUCCUCGAUAUACCAUGGCUGGGAAUGAUGAAGAAGGAGACUUCUCUCUGCAGAUUGUAAAUGCUCAAUUAGAUGACGACGCUGAAUUUCAAUGUCAAGUUGGAGCUGCUGAAGGAGUUAAAGGAAUUAGAUCCAAAACUGCCACAAUUACAGUCACAGUUCCACCAGAACCUCCCCAAAUCGUACAAGGCCAUUAUCUUGUGACAACAGCUGGAAACUCUGUACAACUAAUUUGUGAAGCCCAUGCCGGUAAACCGCCUGCAGAGCUCUCGUGGCUUGAUGGGGAAGGAGACGUAGUAGCCAGUGAUACAGAAUACGAAACACGUGUGCUUAGUGACGCGAAACGAGCCAACGCCAUCCUGAAAUGGGAACUGACACCAACACGGAAACACCACAUGAAAAAUUUCACCUGUCGGUCUGAAAAUCCAGCCUUAAAACAACCAGCCUUUGCUACUAUAAGACUGGAAGUGAAAUAUGCUCCAGAAGUGAACCUUACAGCUCUUAAUAGAAACCUUGUAGAAUAUGAUGAUGUUCAACUAUACUGUGAAGUCGAGGCCAACCCUAUGGAUGUCAUUUAUAAAUGGUACAGAAAUAACGAAAUAAUUGUUGGUGAUCACACCACUCAUCUCCUGAUAAACCGACUUGGACGUGAAUAUAAUAAGAACAACAUCAGUUGCGAAGUCAGCAAUUCGGUUGGCAAGAAAAGAUCUACAGUGGUGUUGGAUGUGUUAUAUGGCCCCAAGAUUAAAGAGUCUAUAAGUAUUGUAGCAGCAGACUCUGGUGAUGAAGUCUCUUUACGCUGUGAUGCUGACGGUAACCCCAAACCUGAAAUAGCAUGGAUUCGAGAAGAUCUCAAUAGAAUCAUAGGAGUAGGUUCUAUACUUGUACUAUCCGACGUCACAGCGGAAAAGGUGGGAAAAUACACAUGCAGAGCAACGGUUGCUGGUUUUCCAGAAACAUCAACACAUAUAAUGGUCUAUAUAAAAGGCCCACCAAAAGUCCAAGGAAGAAGCGUACAGUACGGUCAACUAGGACAAAAAGUUGAGGUAGAAUGUGUUAUCUACUCGGUGCCAGAUCCUGUCCAGAUAAAGUGGACCAAGAACUCGCAAGUGGUCAAUAUUGACAACUCACAUGGUUAUGAGAUCGUGACUCAACCUUUACCAGCAGGUGCUCGACACCUUCUUAUCAUACACAAUGCUGAAAAGAAUGAUUUCGGCAUGUAUAACUGUUCAGUCUGGAAUGACUUCGGGCAUGAUAGUAUGUUAAUAUCUUUAGAACGUCAAGGCUUCCGGAGGAUUAGUAUUGAGCACAUUCCAACUUUGAUCGUCAUUGCAGGAGUUAUUGGUGGAAUAUUUUUUGUCGUUUGUAUUACUAUAAUAGUAAUAUUGUGUCUACGAAGGAUAACUCUCUCCAAAGGCAAAGAAUUCGGAUCUGAAAAGCAUGGGAAACCGUCCGAUACUAUGUCUUCUCGAGGAUCAGACUUUAAAAUUGACGUACAUACAACCUCCUCAAUAACGAACGACAAUGACCGUAGUUGGGAUGAAACAAGUAACACUACUCGAACAGGAACGAGCGACACACAUGACUACAACAAAUAUUCAACGGACUAUUCUGAAUCAAGUUUCCCUCCUAGUAUUGAAACACAAAAUAUCAACACCUAUUCUCCUUUCGUGGACUACUCACAGGAAUAUCCUCAAAGAAUCACUGGGCUUUCAAGUCGACCAUCGUACUAUUUGGACGAUACUGGCAUCCGUGAUGGAGGUUAUCAGGCAGAUUUUUCUAAUCCAUACAUUGGAAGUUCUCACUCGGACCUUCUUUUACCACAAGUUGCCCACUUCAGCCCACGGGAUAAAACAAAGCAUUAUAUCACAUCUUCUAGUCAAGUUGGUCAGAGGACUGAUGCCUUGGGAACAAACGUAUGAUGGUCCUCAAUAAACUCUGUGUUUGAAGUCUAUGUGUACUGUGAAUCUUCUAAAACCAAACACUUAUAUAUUCCGGAAUUGGUUGCAUUUUCAUCUACUUUAUCCAGUUUAAAUAGCUUUGUACUUUAUAAUAGUAUCAUUCGACCAUGUUCUACUUUGUGCUGAAAAUUGACGAAGAACAAGCGUUCAAACUAUAAACAUGAAUUUCAUAAAACUUGAUUAAAAUAGAUAAUAUAUCGAUUGUCUGAGGCAUACUCUGACAUUAAAGUGAGAACAGUUGAAAAGAUUUAUGACUUUUUAAAGACUAAAGGGAUUUAACUGAUAAACUUACUUUCGAUAAUAUAACAGUGAACUUCCAACAUCUUGGAAACUACCUAAAAGAAAAAAAAAUAAUGUCUUAUCAAAACAUGAUAGCCAUUCUUUUGUUGUUAAAAUAUAUGUUUAACCAUGUUUAAUUAAAAAUUACAGCAUAAUUACAAUCAUCAUAUUGUUUGCCUGAGCAGUAAGCAUCAGGGUUUAUAAUGAUAAAAUUCAAAGUUAUUUCCGUGUGGCAGUUACGAUGCAGCUAGCCGAUUGUGUAUCUUUGCACUUAAAUAAAUAUAAAUAUUCUUUAAUUAUUUAUGAUAAAUAAAAGGAUUCAUUAGAGAAUUAAAUUAGUUCUUGAGAAAUUCAUGAAACUUAUGGAUAUUUCAGAAUUACAAUUUUCAUUUGUCAUACGUUUUUCACUGUUUACGGAGUCACAUUUUUUACAACAUCCUCUGCAUGAGUAAUGGCCGAGUGUGGCCGAAUGGCUUGUAUACUAUUCUGUAGACCCAAGGGUCCCUGGUUCGCGUCGCCGCAAAAUUGCGUUCCGUGUGUGCGUUAUAGGAGUGAAACUCAAAUCCCAUUAUGUGUUUAGAGCACCCCAAUUCUUAGUGGUGGAUGCAUUUGACAAACAGACUUCCCUGUAAUUUAUCAGAUUGGAAUUAUGGACGGCGAGUGCAAAUAGCAUUUGUGUAACUUUGCAUCAAUAUCCAAAAGAAACCAAACCAAAAACAUGAACACACAUUGACUGCUUCUAGUCAAUUUAUAUACAAAAUACCAAAUGUUUUAUUGUAAUAAUUACUUCUGGUACAACACAUUCGAUUAACUCUUUACAAUGAGUAUUUUGUUAAGGUAAAAACAUAAAAAUUACAUAAUAUGAUGCAAUAUGCUCCCCGGUAGAACACGGAUUAAGAGCUAAACAAUGAAACAUUUGUGUUUUCAUCAUAUACAGAAGGUCAGUUACACUUUCAUUUAGAAAAUAUUACUAAUUUCACUUACUGGAAUUAAAUUAAAUUUUCCGAACAAUCACUCUGUAUCUGCUCUUUCAACUUCUUAAUAAUGGCUUUCUAGUGAUAUUUCCAAGAUAUUAGGGGUCAAGAUUUCUACGUUUUACUCCCUUUCUUAUGAAAAUUUCUAUAAAUCAGCUUAUUUUUGAGGUCCAUAACAUAUAAAUUCACGCCUUAGCGAGCCAGAGGCACAAAAUUCUGUUGGCACUGUUUUAGCGCAAUAGAAAGGUAAAUGAUAAAAUAACUUUGGUGUUAUUCUACUCUAUUUCGUCGUUUUUUUUUCCUCAUAAAAACAACCAUUUAUUUCGAGGUAUGGCUGGAAGCUUGAGACCCUUGGCUCUGAGAAUAACGCUAUUUGAAAUGCUUUAUGAUUUGAUUCUAUAAUGUUUAUCGAUAUUGCUCUAUGAUAAUUUCUCUGAGAAUAAAAUCAUUCAACCCACUGUCCCUCUUCCCAUUAAGUUUUGAAGGCAUUUUGGAAGCCUUCCGGUGUAGUUUGUAUUUAUAUUCUGAGCAGAUCUUAUAGUUCUAGAACCAUCCCGGCUUUCGAAGAGAAAACGUUAGCUAGUUUACAAGCGUUUUUAAAAUCUACAGAUGUAUUUCUGUAUAUCAUCUCUGAACAAACAGUAAGGUAGCUCGUAACUUCAUCUGGUAGCAUCACUGAUACAUUUAUACAUUACCAUUUCUUAUUUUGCAUUUCGUUUCAUUAGCAAGACUAUUUUAACAACUUGUAACAAUAGAAUCGUCUAAAAUGUUUUGAAACAAAUUUUUUUAAAUACUGAUGCUUUAUGGCUAUUACAUUGCAAGGGUUUAACAUGUCUCAUUUGAUUUAAGUAUGUAAAUUCAGAAAACGUAUCAAAUCGUACUGAAUAUAGUCUCAGACUCACAAGUAAAAGCAUUAUUGCGUUUAAAUUAUUUUUAAUAUUCUCUUAUUAUUGUUCAGAUAGUCUUCUUGAACAUCUUCAUAAUAACAGGUCAUGUAUGCGUGUCUGUGUUACUGUGUAAAAAUUAAGAUUUGAUUUCUUUAAUUAAGCUGAAAGUUUCAUGAUGUUAAACCUUACUUAUUGGUUUUCAGAAUAAAUAUUUUCAUAUGAUUUUGCUUGUGUUAUUUUCAGAAUGGUGAACAGACGCCGGUGUUAUUUUAAAAUUAAACGCCCACGUUCAUUAAUAACAAAUUUCUCUGAGAAUAAAAUCAUUCAACCCACUGUCCCUCUUCCCAUUAAGUUUUGAAUGACUAUUUAUACAUUAAUGACUAUUUGUACGUAUCUGCUACACAACAUCCAUUGCAACUUUUUACUAACCCCUCCAAUCCGUACACUGUAUUUUACUGUUUUGUAAGUCAAUUGUUAUUGUUCUGUAACAGAAAGAACAUUUUCUUGCACGUCUCUAUAACAAUCGUGAUGUGUACGUGUCUGAGCUAUUGUGUAGAAAUCAACAUUUUAUGACCCUAUAAUCUUAUUUAGUCAAUUAAAUAACAAUUUCAUCAUUUAAGUAAAUGUUUUCGAAACUUUUUUAUCAAGUUACGAAAGAAAUAUUCCAUUUUUGAAACUGCUUGUAUUGUUAAAUAUCUUUCUGCAUUUCUGGAUUCCUGAGCUAUUGUAAAUAAACCAUGUGUAACAGUUAAAAGUCUCUUUUGGCCGAAUAAUAAAGAUUGACUACUGACCACUCGCAAAAAA